GCUCUCCCCGCUCCCGCCUGGCUUCGCUGGCGACACAGCAGUAGGGGAAAUUAAAAGGAGAAAUGAUUGCAGGGCGCUUGGCCUCGGGAGCAGUGAGGUGGUGAUGCUGUGGGACGCAGCCUGCUUUGUAGGGGAUUCCCUGCUUGCCCAGCACUUCAUCGCAGCCACAGCGUGCCAGGAGGCCGAGUACGGGGCCAUGAUCCGCCACUACUGCCUCAAGGACUUCCAGCACAGCAUGGAGGGCAUCGGCCAGCGCCUCUGGUGUGACUGGGACCAGACCGUGGGCACCUACGGGGAGCUCACCAACUGCACGGCGCUGAUCGCCGAGAAGCUCGACUGCUACUGGCCCAACCGGCUGGUGGACGAGUUCUUCGUGGCCGUGCACAAGCAAUACUUCAGGAACUGCUCCCCGUCGGGCCGGGCGCUGCACGACCCCCCGAACGGCGUGCUGUGUCCCUUCAUCGUGCUGCCCGUGCUGGUCACCCUGCUGAUGACAGCGCUCGUCGUGUGGAGGAGCAAACGCAGCGAGGGCAUCGUGUAGGGGCGGCGCGGGGAGGGACGGGCGGAGCGAGCCCGGAGGUUGGGCAGAGCCUGCCGGAGGGUACCGAGCCCCGGAGGCCGGGACAGCACCGGCACCGCUCCUCCUCCGUCCGUGUGCCCGCUGGUUCCCAAAUCAAGGUCAUUUCAGCCGUGGGUGUUGGGCGGAGCGGGGACUCCGCGGGCUCCCCCCGGCCCGGCCCCGCUCCGCCUCUCCCCGCACGGCGCUUCCAGCGUGUGCCGAGCAGGAAGAAUUGGAAAGGGAAAAACCCCAGGGGGAUGUGGGGACUUGAAAUCCUGCCGGCCCCGCCGUGCCAGCGGGUCGGGGUGCGCCUGAACAUCCUCGGCUUCCUCUCUGUCCUGUGCACACGUGGAAAGGCAUCUUCUCCCCCAGCCCCCCGCACAAGGACUGGGUUUUGCCUGGCAGCUGGGGAACAAGGCGGGGAAGUCGGUGGUGGGAGCGGGUGGCACCGCUGGUGCCCUGGGGCUACUAACAAGGAACGGGAAAUAAGGUGCUUUCCCUACCUAAAUAAAUGCGUACCUAAAUAAACCAGG